AUGCUCGAGCAGAGAGGGGAGGCUUUCGCCUGCCGUCAUCCCCAGUUUGGCCCCAGCAGCCUCACCGUAAGUAUGUCGGGGUGCGAUUUCCCAUCGGUGAUAGAACUAAACAUCGGCGGCGUGUUCUACACCACGACACUCAAAACCCUCAUCAGCCAACCCGACUCGCACUUGAACGCCAUCUUCACAGGCCGCGAGCCCAUCACCCAGGAUGCCAAGGGUCGAUAUUUCCUCGAUCGCGACGGCGUGCUGUUUCGGUACGUGUUGGAUUUCUUACGCGACGGCACCGUCGUCUUACCGGAGUGUUUCCGGGAGAGAGAAAGGUUGAAGAGGGAAGCGGAAAAAUAUGUUCUUCCAGGGCUGGUGGAGGCCAUCGCCAGCGAGAGCAGGAGUAGAGCGUCGGGAGUCAUCACCGUCGGAUACCGCGGCAGUUUCCAGUUCGGCAAAGACGGCCUCGCCGACGUCAAAUUCCGCAAACUCUCCCGAAUCCUGGUCAGCGGGAGAGUAACGUUAUGUCGCGACGUCUUCGGAGAGACCCUCAACGAAAGUCGAGACCCAGACCACGGCCAAUCCGAACGAUACACCUCCAGAUUUUUCCUCAAACACUCCUUCCUGGAGCAAGCUUUUGACAUGCUAAUAGAACAGGGCUUCAAACUAGCAGGAAGUUGUGGCUCUGGUACCGCCGGUUGUGGAGCCGAACCCAAACCAGGAGUCGAUGCCGAAGAAAACCGUUGGAAUCAUUAUAACGAAUUUGUGUUUGUGCGAGAGUAACUUUGAGCAUUUGGACUUUAUUCAAAUCCCCUUCAUAUCGCAUUUAUUCAAAUUAUUACCGAGUAUUCAUAGUCAUGGCUACGUAGGUGAUAGGUAGACUUUUUAUUAUCGGGGAAAUAUAAACUUUUAAUAGAAAAUAUUCAAUUUUUUCAUCUCAUUGAUGCUGUGCUUCCAUUACAAUUCGAAAAUAAUUAUAUUAAAAAUAAAAGGUCAUUUCAUGUUAAAUAAAAAUUUAUUGUGUGCAAUGAUAUUUUUUAUUAAUACAGGGUGUUUCAACAAAAAAAACUAAAGCAUGCUUAAGUCACCCAUGAGUGUGGUCACGUGACUUUUAAUAGGAAAUACGGAAGCAGAAAAUGUUACUUUUUCGAUGAUUACGGUAUUCUUUCAUCUUUUUUACCCUUUGUUAGGAUACUUCAAACGAAAUUGUAAACAUAGAAACGGUCACAUUGUCAUUUAUUACCUAAAACACUCGUAAAAACUUAAUCUGAAGUAAUACUUUGAAAAAUGCGGUAAUGAUAAUAAAUGAAUCGUUUUAAUUUUCGUAUUAAUCUUUCUUUUGCUGCGUUUAAUAGGUUCAUUAUAACGGCUGCAGCAUUCGGCCGACAUAAAUUUUCUUUCCGCAAUAUUUAGCUUAGUGAAAUAAUUUAUGGUGACACUUUUGUCGCACUCUUAAAAGAAACAGUAAUUUUAUCGACUUAAGUUUGCAAAUUUGUUAUGAAAAAGUAACGAAUUUUCGUCCUUAAUUCCUCUUUAUGGCACCAUAAAUGACGUAAUAGUUUAACGCAAUCUUUAUCAAACGUUUCGUCAAACUUGAUGGCUUUUUGAAGCGUCUGGAGAUAAAUUUUAUAACGUCUUGUAAAUAUGCAGGUAAAGGUAGGUAAAUAGAAGUCUUUUUUAUGUUGAUAUAAAAUAGGCUUCGAGAUGAUCGAAUCGAAAGUUUCUCGUUUAACAUAAAUCAGAGUCAAAGUGAUAACUCAGCUGCGUUGAACUUGUCACGGAAUGUUUGGGAGAAAAUUAAUCAAUAAUUGUUGUUGAUUCAUCCUGGAUUUAUUUUUGUCUACUUCGGGAAAAAAUUCCGCCUCAUAAUUCUGUCAUUAGUUGAAUAACAUAAAAUAUAACUAAAAUAUGUAACCGAAUCGAUUGUGAGCAACAGCUGAAUUUCACCCCAAUCGUGUUCAUCAGAAAGUCGCUUGCAUAACUCCUCACUUGAGCAAGAAUUUGUUUUAUUUUUUUAAUGUAGUCAUGCCCUUGCGACUUGUUGCUCGUUGUCAGAGGAUGAAAAAUGUAUGAAUUGACCUGCUUCCCCACGUAUUCCAAUCAAUUUCCAAGUUUAUAUUUCCAUCGAACAUGUACGAUUUUAUUGUAUAUAAAAGUAAUUGAAAUGACUUUGAAAUGUGGGAGCAAAUCACUGUGCAUCGGCCCUAAAAUCAUGUAUUAUGAAACGAAAUAAACGACAAAGUACAAAUUUGUUUGGUUUUUCGCAAAAGUAAACCGAUCGAGCGUUUUAUUGGAUCCUUCACAUUCCAGAAAUAAUUAACUGGAAACAGCGAGUGAAAUUUUUCGGAGAUUACCAACGAAAAAGCCACAAUAUUUAAAUUGCUUUCCUGCAACCAAACAGCACCUGUUUGUUCAAAAUUCAAACAUGCUGUAUUGAUUUCGGCCUAGGCUUGCAAGACUCGGACAAUUUUAAAAUAAAAUAGGCCUCAUAGUUUGAUGUGAUUUGGUUCCAUUUGUCUCCAAAUGUACUAACACCCUGGAAGCGGGGGUCUUUGAACAAGUGAUAUUUUAACUUAAUUAUUUGCAUAUUUUAGGGGUAGUUUCUGUCCUUGGUAUGCCUGCGUUUAUACCACUAAUGAAUUAAGAAGUUUGUUUCGUUUAGCAUGACUUUACUUACGGUAUAAGCGUGUACAUAUCCUUGUAAUUUUAUUCAUGAUUUUGUAAAAAAUGCCCUUGUAAUUUAUUUUAGGAAUUGAUUUUAAUAAUAGCGAUAAUGUACCGUUCAAUAUAAGUAGUUAAAACAAUAAAGAAAAUUAUU